UCUUUCUUUCUGGCCACAGCCCAUGAUUCCCUUGCUGCUUGCUCUUGAUUCAUUCUGAAUCCGCAGCAACAAGACAAGACAAGAGAUUGAUUGAUGGAGGAGUUCAUCAGUCUCGGCGACGACUCCACCGCAUCUGAGCCUCCUCAACCACAGGACCACGGGCCCACGGACAAGGACAUCAUAGAUCUCGACCAAGCCCAAGCCGAUGCAGCAGACCGAGCCGCCGUCAAUUUGAAUUUCAAUGCUACUCUGCCAGUGCCAUCCCAGCAACAACCACAAGACACUGUCACCACCACCAAGGCUAGUACCGUCAUCGAGAUCAUCGACCUCGAGGAAGGACAGAUUGCCUUCCAAGAAUCAUCUGGUGCCCAAGAUGCAGCAGCAGCAGAUAACCUCCAGCCCAAGGACCAAGCACAAGCCCUGACUGCAAAUGGACCGGAGCCUCCUCCGCCAUCCCAGCAACAACCACAGCAAGACGACAUCAUCGAUCUCGAAGAAGGCCAGGUUGAGGACAUGGACCUCUCCGAUGACGUCCUUGUCACAAAGCACGGUGUCUCAGCUGAAACACCCAAGGGCAGUGACCCCCUUGUUCAUGCUUCAAAAACAGGCAGCGCCUUCAUCGACCAAAGCCCCACAAGAGGAGUUAAAAGAGCCCGGACGGAAUCAGCUGAGCCUUCUGUCCGUGUAGUUUACAACAACUUGACAAGAGAAAGCAAAAGGAAGCUCAUGGAACUAAUGCAACAAUGGUCCGAGUGGCAAGCUAGAAAGCAACACGCCUUGACGGAAUCUGUGGAAGAAGUCUUGGACUGUGGUGAAGAGACUUAUUAUCCAGCAUUACAUGUUGGUUCAGAGAAAUCCUGUGCUGUGUCAUUCUGGGUGGAUAGCCAAGCACGAGAAAAUGCUGCUGCUGAUGAUGGCGCGGUGCCGCUGUACGAUCGAGAAUUUACAUUGGGUUCAACUCCUAUGGGUGAUUCAUCAAAUGCUGAAGGCAAGAAAGACAAGGAUGAUUCUCGCUGUUUCAACUGUGGUUCGUAUAGUCAUGCCCUGAAGGAUUGCCCAAAGCCUCGUGACCAUGUUGCAAUUAGCAAUGCCCGCAAGCAGCACAACUUGAAAAGGAACCUAUCUAAUGUUAGUAACCGUGGACAAAAUCGGUACUACCAGAAGACCCCAGGCAAAUUUGAUGAUCUGAAGGCAGGAGUCCUGGGAUCUGAGACUAGAGAAUGCUUGGGGCUCAGGGAAAAUGACCCGCCGCCGUGGCUGCACAGGAUGCGUGAAUUGGGUUAUCCUCCAGGUUACCUAGAUGAGGUGGAAGAUGAAGACAAACCAUCUGGCAUCACCAUAUUUGGCGGGGAAGGGGAGGCGAAUGCAGAGCAGCAGCAGCAGCACGAGGAGGGAGAGCUUCCGGAGAAGGGCGAACCGUCUCCGCCUCGCAAGAGGAUGACGGUGGAGUUCCCUGGAAUAAACGCGCCCGUCCCAGAGAACGGCGACCCUUGGCUAUGGGGCAGCGCUCCGCCUCCUCCUCUUCAGUCCUCCUCCUCGGGCCGUCACCAGCAUCCAUCGUCGGAUUCUCAGAGGGAUAGAGGCCCUCCUCCCCCUCCGGGCGUCGAGCAAUACUCGUCAUCGAGGUACCACUCGUAUGACUAUGGACCGGCGACCCCCGGCGCCGGAAGAAGAAGCUCCUCUGGUUAUGAUGACGGCGGUGCCUUUACCCCUCACUCCGCGUAUUCAAGCAGGCAGCACUCGGGGUCGGGCUCGAGGGAGAGGGAAAGGGAAAGGGAAAGAGAGAGGGAGAGGGAGAGGGAGAGGCAUGACAGGCACUACUACAGCAGCAACAGGAGGUGAAUGUUACAUAUGUGUCUGUAGCUGAAGAAAGACGUGAAUUUUGUGAUGAUAUCAAAUUUGCUCAGAAUAUCAUAUAAGUCAGCACUUGCAAUAUCAGUCGCUGUUGAAACUUGUGUAAGUAGAUGUUAUUUUGAAACACUUAUUUGUUA